AUGCGUUUCUCACUUGCCUUGCUCGGGGCCAUCGCCCCGAGUGUCCUCGCCCAGGGGGUCCGCUUCACCAACACCAGCACGCCCGCCGUCACCACCACUGAGGCGACAUCAUCCAACCCCACCUCGACCGACGCUCCAUUGACGUUGAGUCGAUUGGAUAUCCCACCACUAAUCUCGUGCAGUCUACUGAUCCCUCCGCCUUUCGGUUUCGCAUCAUUUGGUGUUUCCGGUGGCCUUCCCUUUGGAAUCAACAUCGGAGAUCUCAUCAGGAUUCUCUUCGACAUUCUCGUCGCACUCCUCGAUUCACUCUCCAAGCGUGCUGAUGACACUGGCUGCACCCUCGAUGUCCGUGUCAAUGGCGCUUCCGUUUACAACGAGGCCCUUCUUCUCAACGGCGGCAACUACCAGUCCCUCCAGAGUGGUGACUCCCAGGCCGGCGCUGAUGCUCCUGAGCUUGAGUUCAUCCAGAGCUGCGGUGCCAACCCUGUUGCCUUGACUGUUGCCAACGUUGCUGUCGGUGCCAACGGUGCUUCCAACACUGGCGGUGCCUACCGACCGACGGCUCUGGGCCCACCGGUACUGAGACUGACGGUUCUGAACCCACCGGUACUGAGACUGACGGUUCUGAACCCACCGGCACCGAGACCGAUGGCUCUGCUACUGACUGACGGUGCUGCCACUGGUACCGAGACCGACGGCUCUGCUACCGGCACUGAGACCGAUGGUUCUGGUACUGCCACUGGUACCGAGACCGAUGCUACCACCACCGCCAGCUCCGUCCCCGGCUUCCCUCCUACCGUCAACGGCUUCGUCUUCUUCGGUUGCACUGGCUCUUCCGCCGGCUUCCCCACCUUUGUGCUCGGUCUUUCCAGCCCCCAGAUGGAUAUCGACCUCUGCAGCUCUACCUGCCAAGGCAGCAACUACUUUGGUGUUUACGACACUGACUGCUACUGCGGUGAAGAGAUUGAUGAAGACAACACCGACAUCGUUUCCUCUGAUCAGUGUGACAUUGAGUGCCCUGGCGAUGACUCUCAGAACUGCGGUGGUGACGCUCCCGCUACCCGCCGUAGCCGCAUCCAGGCCCGCCAGAACGUCCCCAACAGCAUCCGCCUGACCGUCUACAUCUCUGCUGAGUUCGCCGGCCCCGGUACCAGCAUCUUCGUCACCGAUGUUAUCACCGCCACCGUCACUGACCAGAUGACCCUGACCACCACCUUUGUCACCACCCUCACCGGCCCUGCUACCACCCAGACUGCUACCGUCACUGCCAUCUACGAGUGCUUCAACGGCCGCUGCUUCCCUCAGGAUGGCGGCUUCAACCUGCCCGGAGGCUCUGGUGGCCGCAUCGUCUACGUCUUCAAGCCCUACCCCGGUGAGGACUGCGACGGCCAGACUGUCUACAUCCCCGAGUCCUGCAACUGCAAGGGUGGCAGCCACUACGUCCCCAUCAUCUGCACAAGCGACGCCUGCCACGGAAAGACCGUCUACAAGCCCGAGCAGACCAAGCACAUUGGCGGCGGCGACAUCGUCUUCACUCCCGUUGACUGCCACGUUUGCAAGGAUGGCAACGUCAUCUACAAGCCCUGGGAGGAUGACUACGAUAUCAUUGGUGCCCCUGGCUGCACUGGUUCCAGCUGCCCUCCUACCUGGACCCCUGGUCACGGUUCUUCUGCUCCCGGCGGUGGUUCUUCCGCUCCUGGUGGCGGCUCCAGCUCUCACGGUGGCUCUGACUGUGCCACUGGCACCAAGGGCUCCGGCAGUGACUCUACCGGUGGUGAGACCAGCGGCGAGGCCGACGGCACCAAGCCUGUCACCGUGUCCGGUGCCGGCAAGCAGGCUGUCAGCAUCAUUGCCGUCCUCGCCAGCAUCUUCGCUGCUGCCCUUUAAAAAAGCUGCUUGCACUUUUAGAAUUCGUUUCAGGAUCUGAUGUCAUGUCUUUCUUCUUAUUUUUGUGUGCGCCCUCUUUUUUCAAUGCUCGGAGCCUGGGAGGGAUAAUACUUGAUGGUGGAUCUGUUUCUUGGCCACCUGUUUGUACUUAGACCUGCGCGAACUUCAAUUCCACCGAGAUCAUUGUUUAAUAAUGAUUUAAUUCAAUCUGUAUCUAUU